AUGCGCCAAUACGGGAGAAGAUCCAUUAAAGUUUGGAUAGAUUUAGCACUAUUUAAGCGCUUCCAAAGAUGCUGUUGUUAUAAUAUGGGAGGAAAAGGCGGAAAAGGAGGAAAAGGACUUGGAAAAGUUGGAGCAAAGAAAAGACACAGAAGAGUUAUAAGAGAAAACAUUCAAGGCAUUACUAAGCCUGCCAUUAGAAGAUUGGCAAGAAGAGGAGGAGUUAAGAGACUCUCUGGACUUGUUUAUGAUGAAACAAGAAACGUACUUAAAGUAUUUUUGGAAAGUGUUGUAAGAGACGCCGUUACUUACACAGAACACGCAAGAAGAAAGACUGUCACUGCAUUGGAUGUAGUUUACGCACUUAAGAGACAAGGAAGAACCUUAUACGGCUUUGGAGGCUAA